AAAAAUACAAAGUAUCAAAAGACAGUUUAGAGAAACUAGAACCACAGAUAUCUAAAUAUAUAAAAACCUUUGAAAUGGGAAAGUCCCGAAUAUGUUACCAACUGAAAAUCCCCUAGUGGGGCGCCCCCAACAUUUAUAAACAAAUGGUUUUUAGACAACGUUAUUAGAGGCACAGUUAGGCAAACGUUCCUAAUAUAUUGACUCUUGUUUAUAUACUGAAGCUUUAAAAGAUAUUUCGUUAUCUGAUUUGGAAUUACAGCAUUUAAAGAUUGUGCAUUUUAAUUACUGUAUUUAUGAGCCUUAUUUUUUUUAUUUAUAUAAGUGAAGAUGUUCAUUCAUUUAACAUAAUUAUAUUUUUAGAACCAUUGGUAUAAGAGUAUGUGUUUAAAAGCUGAUUUGUUUGCACUUUGUUUUUUUCAUCUAUAUAAAUAAAAAACACAAUUCAUUUAACACCAGUUAUUUGGCAAAGUAGUUAGCACGCCCGCCUCCAACCCAGAGAAUUGCAAGCGUAUCAAAACUCUUCCCAACUCUGCUACUGUUUUCGCUCAAAGAUUCUGGGUUGUUAGAUUUAAACGCAGACAUUAGAUCCAUUAAUGGAAGAUUCAAUAUUAAAAGGCCAUACCUGCGGCAAUCUGAGGAAAAAGUUACAUUACGUGACAUGGCAAGUCAAUACUCUGGACUACCAAGUUUCUUUCCUUUUGACAUCACAAAGUUGAAUUUUUUUGAUUGGAAUGGAACUUUGAACGAAACUCUUGAUUAUCUCAACAACCAAUCACUAGUGUUCCCGCCUAAAACAAAAUGCCAUUACAGUAACAUGGCAUUCGCAUUGUUGGCGGAUAUUCUUUCUGACAAGUAUUUGGUUGAUAAGAACUUUGAGGGUUGGUGUCAAAGACAUGUGGUGGAAAGAGUUGGAAUGAAUAAUACAGGUUUUGUAAUAACUAAGCAAGUAGAGAAGAAGAUGGCCACAGGUUACAUGCCUGAUGGUUCGGUCGCUGCAUUAGUUGACUUGAACUGGUUUAGACCAGCGGGCAACUAUUAUUCAAGUGCAGAGGACCUGGCAUAUCUUGCAAUGAACUUAAUGGGCAUGCAAUAUAACCCAAUACUGAGCAAUGAUACAUUGAAUGAAAUGUUUAAGCCAGUAGCAACGUGUGGGUUUGGGUACAUUGCCGAGCAAACUGGUUCCCCAUGGGAGAUGAAUGAACAUAAUUCAUAUCUGGUUGCCCAAAAGGACGGAGACAUUUAUGGUUAUUCCUCCACUCUUACAAUAGUCCCUGAUAUGAAAUUGUCCUUCAAUAUUCUAAUGAGUGGUUCUAGACCUGAGAAUGUUGCAGCUAAAGUAAUGGAGAAGAUUAUACCAGCAUUUCGGGGCAUCUUACGAAAAAUCCCAGUAGCGUUGACAGGAGCACCAGGUUACGUUCACAAAUACACCGGGCUUUAUGAGAUUGACAAUGUGCAAAGAUGGAAUGUGACAUCAGAAGUGACAUCACAUUCAUUAUCAACUUUAAAAAUGACCAAUCCAGAUGUUCCAGAUUCUCAAUUCAAAACUGUUGGCUUAAGUUUCAUAAGCGAUGGAUAUCUGAAGCUUACUUUUCUUGAAAACUACUAUCCACCAAGUUCUCAGCAGCCGAACGUGAGUUACCAGCCUGCAGCCUUGCAGAACCCAAUCAUCAUACAGCAGCCUGGCCCUGUGGUGAUGACCACUGCUGUAACAAGCCAAGUGAUUGGCGCGCCUAUGCGGGGUUGGAGUAGUGGACUAUGUGACUGUUGUAGUGAUAUGAAAAGCUGCAUGUGUGCAUUUUGCUUCGGAAGCUUCUAUUACGCUAGCAUUUCUACUCGUAUGGGGGAGAACUGUUGUGUUGGAUGCUCCGGCUACAGUUAUGGGUGUGUGCCUGGCGGGCAUUUAGCGAUGCGGGCAAAGUUUAGAGCUUCGCACGGAAUACAGGGAAGCAUAUGCGACGAUCAUUACGUCAUGAACUGCUUGUGCCUACCUUGUGCAAUGUGCCAACUGUCCAGGGAAAUGGACAAGCUUGGAUACUCGCCAAACUGCUGAUUAUCCUGUGUAUUAAUUCACUUUAAAUACCUGUAAUUAUAAUCCCCAAUUAAUUUCGUAGAUUUAGCUCUUUGUCGCCACCAUUACUUUCCCCCGCAAAUUCAAACAUAGCAAGCCUGCACGAGUGCGAAGUAGUAGCUAUUUUAGACGUAGCGAAUCGUUUGCAACGUAUUUUUAUGAUGCAGUAAUUUAUUAUAUGCUUUGUACAUGAUAAAAUAAGAAAAAUAAUCCUCUGUCAGUUUUGUGUAGUGAAACCUUAUUCAUCAAUUUCUGUAAAAGCAAUAAAACGUAUUAAAAUUAAUA